CGAGACCACCACGUCACGAACAUUCUAUACUGUCGUAUCCCUAUUUUGCAUGUCCCUUAUCACAGGGAUGGUUGGGCAUCGUAUGCGUUCGACCGACCGUCAUCAACUCAAGAACCUGAGUCUUACACACGUCCUCAUCUACCUCCUUUACUUCUUUUCCAUGGCAUUCGUUUUCUCCGCUGCCGUUGCGGAAUCCGGUCUUGGCUUAUCAUCUUACAAUGUCUGUCGAGGGGCUGUCAUCCUCUGCCUGGCAUUUUAUACUAGCAGCAAAGUAAUUAUGUACCUUAUUCUGGUUGAACGAGCUCAUGCGUUGCGAGCCCCGUACAUGCGGAGGACAUACGAUUGGCUAUGGAUAACUGGGACGUUGAGUAUCGCAGCAGUCUUCGGCACUAUCGCUGUUACCGGCUUCAUCUGGCCCAUCGCCAACAUCUCUCGAAAGGACGGCCGCUGUCGCAUCGGUCUUCCACAAUUUGUUACUAUACCCUUACUGACCUUCGAUGUGUUCAUCAAUGUCCUGCUGACUCUAGUUUUCGUCUACCUACUGAGUCCACUGGUCCGCGCCGGUAGUCUACCCACUGCAGCGUUUCCUGCAAGUCGCUUUACGAAGUGCUUUGGUAGCCUUUGCAGUCGAUCAAGAGCGAGGAACAGCGUAGACCUCCACACCUCGAACCAACAAAGGGCAAGGACGAUUGAGAAGCUGCUGUGGCGAACUUUCAUAGGAUCAUGCUUGGUUCUGAUACCGACUGUGGGCAAUAUGGCCUCCCUAACUUCGUUCAAGGGGAGAGAGUUAGGUUGGGUGUGUUUGACCAUCUGCAGUGUCGAUGUUACUUUUACUGUCUGCGUCUUCCACUGGCUGACUUUGGGUUCCUCUGAGGCGGACGAGAGGGCUUCGACUGCGUUAGUUCCGGACACCCUGUCCACAAGCAAUAUACCUAGCGAAGCCGUUGUAGAGUGUGAUGUGCGGUGUUAA